GCAGAGCGUUGUGGAGACGGUGCUGGCGGCGGGAUUAUUAAACGGACGUUGCACUCUCUACCGGUGGUCGGGAAGGAAGCAGGUUGCUAAAGAUGGAGGGGAACAUGGCGCAGGGGAGACGUUGCUACAUGGGGCUGGACGUGGGGACGGCCAGUGUGAGGGCAGCUCUGGUGGCCCAGGACGGCUCGGUGCUGGCACAGGCCGAGGAGCCCAUCCACAUCUGGGAACCCCACCCCGAACACUAUGAGCAGUCCUCGGCUGAUAUCUGGGCGGCCUGCUGCACCGUCUCGAAGAAAGUAGUUGAAAAUGUCAAUAUAAAUUCUAUCCAAGGUCUUGGUUUUGAUGCUACCUGUUCUCUUGUUGUCCUGGAUGAUCACUUUGAACCUCUAGCAGUGAACGAUGAAGGAGUGAACAGCAGGAACAUCAUCAUGUGGAUGGAUCACAGAGCUGUUGAUCAAGUCAGCCGAAUAAAUCAAGUAAAAUACAGCGUGCUGAAAUAUGUGGGCGGAGUGAUGUCCCCUGAAAUGCAGCCGCCCAAACUCAUGUGGUUGAAAGAAAAGCUGCAAGACAUUUGCUGGAAUAGAGCGGCCCAUUUCUUUGAUCUCCCUGACUUUCUGUCUUGGAAAGCCACAGGUGCAACUACAAGAUCUCUUUGCACUUUGGUUUGCAAAUGGACUUACUCAGCGGACAAGGGGUGGGAUGAUUGCUUCUGGAAGAAAAUUGGACUGAAGGAUUUAACAGUCGACAACUAUGCCAAAAUAGGGAACCAUGUGCUGUCUCCUGGCACCCGCGUGGACAGCUUGGCAACAGAAGCUGCUCAUGAGCUGGGCCUUCCUGAGGGGAUUGCUGUGGCUGUCUCUCUGAUUGACGCCCACGCAGGAAGUUUAGGAGUGAUUGGCGCAGAUGUAAAAGGUCAUAACUUGCCUUGCGAGAUGCAGCCAAUCACCUCACGACUUGCUCUCAUCUGUGGGACGUCGUCCUGUCACAUGGGGAUCAGUGAGAAUCCUAUAUUUGUGCCCGGUGUCUGGGGGCCUUACUACUCUGCUAUGGUGCCUGGCUUUUGGCUGAAUGAAGGUGGACAGAGCGCGACAGGCAAAUUGAUAGACCACGUCGUUAAAGCCCACGCCACAUUCCCAGAGCUACAGGCCCGAGCUAAAGCGAGCGGGCAAAAUAUCUACAUGUGCUUAAACAGCCACCUGGAGUCCAUUAAGAAGUCUUCUGCUAUGGGCAUACUGACUGUUGAUUUACAUGUUUGGCCUGAUUUCCAUGGCAACAGAUCUCCCUUAGCAGAUCCUACCCUAAAGGGCAUGGUAACUGGGCUGGGAUUGACCAACAGUCUGGAUGAUCUUGCUAAACUGUACCUCGCUUCGGUUCAAGCUAUAGCACUGGGGACCCGUCAUAUCCUGGAAGCUAUGCAGAAAGCAGGACAUCAGAUUAACACUCUGUUUAUGUGCGGUGGACUCAGCAAAAACCCUCUGUUUGUUCAAAUGCAUGCAGAUAUUUCAGGCAUGCCGGUUGUUCUUGCUGAGGAAGUGGAGUCUGUUUUGGUGGGUGCUGCUAUUCUGGGAGCCUGUGCCUCAGGGGAUUUUAAUACAAUACAGGAAGCUAUGGAAAAAAUGGGAAAAGUCGGAAAAGUUAUUUGGCCGAACCUGGAGGAUAAAAGGUUUUACGAUAAGAAAUAUGAAGUUUUCUUGAAGCUUGCUGAGCACCAGAGGGAGUACAGGAAUAUUAUGCAAAACGUCUGAUCAUCAGAGCAUCAGCACAGGAAAUGGGCCCAUUCCACUGAACUACCUUCAGGGCUUUCCAACGGACAUUAACAGUCAGGCUCCGGUCUCUGUGCCACAAUGCCACAAUCUGUGUAUUGUACCAUCCCCGACUGUUAGACAACAAUUAUAUUCUGUAAAAGGCAAAGCACUGCAGAUGUUGGAAAUCUGAAAUAAAAAAAACAGUAGUGGCUGGGAACACGCAGCAGGUCAGGCAGCAUCUAUGGAGGAAACGAGUUAUCGUUUCAGGUAGAUGAUCUUUCAUCUGACAAAACGUUAACUGGCUUUCUCUCCAUUGAUGCUGCGUGUUCCCAGUUGUGUUCGGUACUGUGCAGCCACUGAGUGUGUCACAUCUGCUUCGGCACAGCUACCUGGCGGUGCAGCCCCCAAACCACUGCAAACUCUGGAGAACGUCCCACAGCAGCCGGAGAAACUGCCCGAGAUUCACAAGCAUGGAUCCCACACGUCAGCCCGACCACAGCCAAGAGCUGCCUGAGAGCUCGGUAAGGGACAGCACGUGGGAAAGAGAGUUCACCCACUCCCCCCGGGCCCAUCCCUCACAUUCCCUGGCCCCACACCGCACAUUAGACAAAUUGUUUGGAAUGUGGCCAACAGUUGACUAUUAAAGUAUUUUAAAAAGCUCG